AUGGCCCUGACGCUCGCGUUCGAGCUGGAUUCGUCGGCGCCGGGCGGCGGCGGCGGAGGAGUCGGCGACGUCGACUACAGCCACAUCGGCAGCAGCAGGCGCGAGCGCAUGUUCGAGAAGGUGGUGACGCCGAGCGACGUGGGGAAGCUGAACCGGCUGGUGGUGCCCAAGCAGUUCGCGGAGCGGCACCUGCCGCUGCGCGGCGCGGCGGCCAGGUCGCGGGGCACGGUGCUGUGCUUCCACGACGCCCGCGGCGGCGGGACAGCGUGGCGGUUCCGCUACUCGUACUGGAGCAGCAGCCAGAGCUACGUGAUGACCAAGGGCUGGAACCGCUACGUCCGCGACAAGCGACUCGCGGCCGGGGACACCGUCACCUUCUGCCGCGACGGCGCAAGGCUCUUCAUCGACUGCCGCCGCCGGCAGAGGAGUAGUCGUACCGGGGAGCAGGCCGCGGCGGUGCCGCAUGCGGUCGUCGUCCCGGCGGCGAUCCUCGCCGUAUCGCCGACGACAGCUGGGCACCAGCAGCAGAAGCAGGGCUUGGUCAUCUUCUCCGGCCAGCACCAGCGCCAGCAGGUGGAGGAGGCGGUGGCGGUCGUGGAAGCAGCAGCAGAAGCGGAGGAGGACGACGAAGAGGCGGGGCGGCGGCGCGGGCGGUGGCUCCGGCUGUUCGGCGUCAACCUGCUGCAGUUUCGUGCCGAUCCGGUGCUGCUUGAUCUGCAACUUUGACGACGACGUACAUUAAUUGAAUGAAAGAAUGAAUUGGCUUCGAUUCUUGCUUGUAGCAUACUGCCAAAGAGUCAUAGGACUACUUCUCAAGAACAACAAAACAACACAGGCAUGCAAUGCUAAGUGCUACUUAGUUAGUUUUUUUUUUUUGAUAGAAAUUGGAGGGGCUCGGGCUCCUCCUCCUGCAGGAAUUUAUUUUUUUUUUUAAAAAGUCUUAAAAGUACAGGGAAACCGAAAUUGAAAAGAAAGAAAGGAAGAAAACAAAGCUAAGCAAAAGAAUUACAACAGAUUUUGGAUCCAUAAAUUCAAGAUGA